AUGCCACGUUACUCUGACAUGAUCAGGUCAGAUAAAUCAAAGGAGACUGCCGAACAUUAUGGUGGUCAUGAAGAAAUAGAAAAGAAAAUCGUUCAGCAAUUUGAACAAGUCAAUGAAUUUUAUAAUGCAGAAAAACGUUUCAAUUCGUAUUUUAAUUUUACACCAGGUGAAUUUCGAUAUUAUAGAGAACAUGGUGCAAAUGAAAAUGAAAUGGAUUAUAUUGAUUUUAAUGUACCACUUGCAGAUGAUGGUUACAAUUGGCGAGUCAUCUAUAGUAUCUCACCGUAUGGGGGAGUGAUGAAAAAUAUGCACUCCGAUUAUAUGAAUCGUUCGAUUCGAUUUGCUGUGAAUGCUGAAGCACAAUGGAGUGAAACAAUAUUCGGUAUUAUAGCAACGAGAAUUCUCUGUCACGAAUUGGGUCAUAGUCGUGGAGCAUUCGAUUUGUAUUCAGUUGAUUUACAUAAAGAUAAGAAUACAUUAUGGCCGGGAGUUUACUAUAAUUAUCCUGUAGGUAGUAUCAUGAAUUACUUGUAUGAUUUGAGUGUAUCAUGGGAUGAUCAUUCGAUUUAUUGUAUCAAUGAACAAACAGAUAAUGUGAUAACGCCCAAAAUAUGGAGCAACAUGUUUUGGACUCUAUUUCCAAAACAAUUUGGUGUCAAUGCAACGAAUAUGAAGGGAAAUCCAAUUGUAAAUGCAAACUUCCAGUUUUACGGCAUUCGAUGGUUAAGCUACACUCUGAAUGUUGCUGAAGAUCCUCCACUUCAGUUUUACACAGAUGAAGGUGGAAAGGUGACAUUUAGUGGAGAGAAAAGUGAAAUUGAGAAAAAUCCAUAUAGAAACUCAAAUCAUUUUUCAUUUUUCUCUAAUUUUUUGAUUAUUGGUCAAUAUCAGGAUGAAGGACUGUAUAGUUGGUUACCUGUAUUCACUGUUCAAAUGGCAAAAAUUAAUAAUCAGUCGGAAUAUUAUCGAAACUUCACGUUUAACGUUAAACCAACAGUUAAAAUUGAUUAUCCCAAAACAGACCUCAUUAUUACAGUUCCAUUUAUGAGUAGUUCUCUGGUAGAUUUUUGUCCACAGUAUAUUUUUUCUAUAAACCUGGUUAUUUUGGCUAGUGCAGAAGAUAUUGAUGGUUCAAUUGAGAAAGUUGAAUUUUAUAAUGGAAAUACUUUAAUAGGCGCUUCAAUUAAUCCAGGUACGGAUGAAAAUUACAGUGGACGUUAUUCUCAUCGAUUGUUAAUCGCUAUGAACGGAACCUAUACUCUAAUAGCAAAAGCCUAUGAUAAAUUAAAUGUAUUCUCAAAUUCAGAACCGAUAACAGUUACUGUUGUGAGCGAACAAAACUCGGAAAAGGAAGCAAUAAAUGAUGUCAUAAAUGUACAACAUCUAUGGUGUACAAAACAUGCCAUAAAUUUUAUUCUUUAUACUCUGAGUGGACAAGAUUUUCGUCGUGAAUUUAUGAAAUUAUUUCAAUGCCGAUGGCGACCACAAAACUUCAAUACUUUAACGCCGCGAAAAAUAACGACUACAAGUACAACAAUGACAACUUCAACAACAAGAAACUCGGUGAAAGUACAAACAGAUAACUCCUAUGUUUAUAUGACAUAUUCAGCUGCUGUAGCUGUAGAGGGAAAAUCAUUAUUUGGAUGUUUUGAUGAUAUGAAAACAUGUUUAUGCGGCUAUUUUUGUUUACCAUGUUUAUUUGGUCAAAAUGCUGAGAGUAUUGAUGGUUCCAGCUGCGUGGGUAUGGGAAUUCUGUACUGUUGUCUUCAAGGAUGUUAUGCAUGCGGUCUCCUUCAUAUGGGCAAACGACAAGCAUUAAGAGCAAAAUAUAACCUUGCUGAAGAACCAGCUGAUCUUGUAGCAGCAUGCUGUUGUGGACCGUGUGCCGUAUGCCAAGAAGCAAGAGAAAUGCAAUCAAGAGGUAAUCAUAUGCGAAGUGCCCUUGGUGGAAAUCAAUCGGCAAUCACAUCACAACCUAUUCGUUGA